AUGGCAAGACUUGCAGUGCUGACCGUCUGCCUCUUUUCAGAGGCCGUGGCCCAUUCGCCCCAAGGUUCCAAUGGAGAGCGCAUGCGUGGCAGCCGACGACUCUGGGACAUCGCGGCGCGAGAGAAGCACAUCUGGGGUCGAUGCGAUCGCUGGGAUGCCAAGGUCAGCGGAUGCGAGCUGAACUCUGAGUACAAGUGCAGUGACCGUAUCUCGCAAGGUCCUGAACAGUAUGAUAUGGAGAUUGUUCUUGGAAACUUGACCCCAUCGAGACCUGAUCAUCCUGUGCAUUUGGCAUGGUGGGCUCCUCAGAAGUCCCAGACGGCCUGGAAUCCCCAUGACAGCCUCGAAGGUUGCGCGGUGUACAGGGACAUGAACGAGGCGUACCCAGAUUUCACAGACCCGAACUUCAACGGCGGCAACUUGGUGGUAAGCGAGACUGGCAGAGUGACCAUACGUGUGCAGAAUCCCGCCACCUACUUUGUGACACAUUGGAUCUCCGUGCCUCACAUCCACCUCCGCCUGUGCAGCAAUGACACCUUUGCGCACAAAACGCAAGAUGCGAUCAUCUUCGUGAGAAAUGGAGCCGAGCUUGUUGCCGGUGAGGCCGGGUCCUCGCUUCAGAUCGUCAGCGUGAAGAACUACACUUGGGCCGAGCGGCCGGGAACCGGCAACGUGAGUGAUACGGGCAUUGCUGGCAUCCUGGUGUGGAGAAGGGAGGGAACAACGACCACCUUGGCACCGGGCCAGAUCCAGCAGCUUGUCGAGGACACGAUGGACAGGAUGAACUUGGAUGCAUUGGAGUUUUCGCCGAUUUAUCAGUGCUUCGAAAACGAUCAGCUUUACGACCACUUCACCGCAGAUUGUACGACGAGCUGCGGUGGUGGUGCGGAGGUGGCCCACGGCCAGUGUGUGCGACCCGAACGCUUUUCGGAAUCCAGCGUCGUGGGCAUCUGGCAGCUCAUGGGCACCUGCAACGAGGCUUGCUGGAGCCAGUGGAAGAAUGUGACCCUCCACGACGCCAGGCUUGCGCUGGCAGAUCUGCUGGACGUUCCCUUUCAGGAGAUCACGAGGGUCUCGAUGACUUUCCAUGCAUCUGCUGGGCGCCGACUGAGCACUGACAAGUUGGCAACCUUUCAGAUCAUGGUGACGACGAAGCGCUUGCCCAAGAACGACAUCAACACCCUCAUGCGAACUUUCUUGGCUGAUUCGGCCGUUGCGGCAGAUGUCAUGAACUUUCCGGUGUCCGAGGUCACGAUGACGAACAUGAACGACCGGGGAGAGUGGAGCAACGUCGAAACUGCUCCACGGUUCCUGCUUUUCUGUUCGGUGACUGUGGAGCGCCAUGCAGCUGAAGCAACGAACUCAGAGCCCCUUUGUCUUGGCUGCUUCACCGCGAAAUCUGUGGAUGACGAGGUGCAGCUGCCUCGAACGCCCAGCAGCGCAAGUGUACCCAAGGAUGAGGUGAUCCUUUCUCCGAAAGAUGAUGCUAGUUGCUUUCCGGAAUUCCUCACCGGUCAGUGGAAGCAGACCUUGUCGGACUGCAGCACCGUCCCGUCUGAGCCCACGCCGGAAUGCCAGCGCAGCACAACGAUGCUCACAGACAUGACACCCAUGGUCUCGGAGUACUUUCCGUAUACUUCGUCUCCGUCGCCGGUCGAGCAGCCUAUUCGUCCCGCGCCGGUUCUGCCGGAGAUCGUGCCUGCUCUGCAGCUACAGCACUUGCCGAGCAGAAGUUCUCCUGGCAGCCCCACGCACCAUGAUCAGUCGGCCACAUCCGGGGAAUCAUCCCCUGUGUGUCGGAAGCGUGAGCUCUUCAAGAAGAUGGGGAAGCGGGUCACUGCAAAACUGACCACCCAGUUCAAGAACCUGAUUCGGAGAUCCUCUUCCUUGCAUGCAGCGAGUAGGCACAUCCCUUCAGAGCUUGGACUUCCCUCAGACCCGCCGCUGCUGACCCACAGAAUUCCGCAGGCCACUGUCAGCAAAAUCUGGGAAACAAUGCAGAGGCCGAGCCAUUGCCCUCUUCUGCAAUUCCUGAGCCAGGUGGGAGGAUGCCAUGACUUCCACACCUCGCUAUGGGAGGAUUGUCGGGAUGUCGCGGCCGCGAAGAUCCGGAAGUGCUGCUACAUGGCCCCCAUUCCUGACGACAUCCCGAACUUUGCCAGGCGUCUGUUGAACAUUCCCUCCCAGAUCAGCACCUGCUCAGUGUGGCGGCUGUUCUACACCCCGGAGGAAAUGUGGUUCGUGCAGCAUAGCUAUACGGGAGACGUUCUGUAUGGCGAUCGGUUUAAGGUGCAGUGCACCGUCCGCUUCACACAGGAACCAGACGCAAAAAUCGUCACCGUGGAGCAGUGGGUGGAGAUAGCUUGGGACAAGCCACUGCCCUUCACCCAUGCCAUGGUCCGCUGCUUCAUCGAAAGCAAGGCCCAUGCCGACGGGCGCGCCCUCGGUGGUGACCUGGUGCGCUGCAUCAAGGAAGCCGUGGAAGCCUUGGAGCUACAGGAGCAGGUUGCUGCAGACGAAGCUCGGGCCGCCCAUGAGGAAGACGCUGAGGAAGUCGUCGGACAGUCCGGGGUCUCAGCCGAGGAGCCGAGGUUUCAGAGCAGUGGAGACAGGACGGAUGUGAUUGACGACCGCACGGAUCCCUACCAGGGUGCCUACGACGAGAAGGAGCCCCGGAAUAACUGGCAGACCAUCGGAGGUAUUCCCACCGGAGACCUGCCAGUUGGAGUCAUCGUGGGUGUCGCCAUCGCCGUGAUCUUUGCCGGCUUUGGCUUCGGAUUCUUUAUCCUGUACCGCCGCCGUCGGGCCAUCACAGAGAUUGCGUCCGGUGAGCGUCAUGUAACUGCUGCAGGGACAAUCAUUGGGAGUGGCGGACCAGCGCCAGGCAAAACCGUGGAUGACCCGACGGUUCCGCAGAAGCCGGGUCCAACCCAAGAGGACUUGAACCAGAAGGCCGAGGCUCCGUGGUGA